CUUACGUGCGUGCCGUGCGGUGCAGCCCCUUCUGCCCUCCCCAGCCAUUAACUGAAAAAAAAAACCAAAAAACCAAAAAUACUACAAUUUUUUUUCAGUUUCUCCGCCGCCGCACAACCACCACCUCCUCCGUUCGGAUCUCCGGCGGACCUACUAUCCCUACUACUACUCUACUCUGUUUACACGGAAGAACAAAAAACUAUCCCCCUCCCCCAAAAAAAACCCCAAAGCGGCUCGGUUAGGGUUUAGUUUUGUACCAUUUCGUGUAAUCUAAUUUUUCAUCCGUAAAAAUCUAAUUUUGAGGCGGCGAGAUGGCGGAGAUUCAGGUGCAGCAUCAGAGUCCGGUGUCGGCGGCUCCUCCUCCAAACGGCGGCGUGGCGAACGCCCCGAACAACGCAAACCAGUUCGUGACGACGUCGUUGUACGUUGGCGAUCUAGACCAGAAUGUCAACGACUCGCAGCUCUACGAUCUGUUCAACCAGGUCGGCCAAGUCGUUUCGGUGCGCGUCUGCAGGGACCUUACUACGCGUCGUUCACUCGGUUACGGCUACGUUAAUUUCAGUAACCCUCAGGAUGCGGCGAGGGCAUUGGAUGUGCUGAAUUUCACUCCACUUAACAACAGAUCUAUUAGGAUCAUGUAUUCUCAUCGAGAUCCUAGUCUUAGGAAGAGUGGUACUGCGAAUAUUUUUAUCAAGAAUUUGGAUAAGGCUAUUGACCACAAGGCCUUACAUGAUACUUUUUCUUCUUUUGGACUCAUUCUUUCUUGCAAAAUAGCAACUGAUGCUUCUGGCCUGUCUAAGGGCUAUGGUUUUGUUCAAUUUGACAAUGAAGAGGCUGCACAGAAUGCUAUUGACAAGUUAAAUGGCAUGCUGAUCAAUGAUAAGCAGGUCUAUGUAGGCCAUUUCCUGCGAAAGCAAGAUAGAGAGAAUGCUCUCAGCAAGACAAAAUUUAAUAAUGUCUAUGUGAAAAACUUAUCAGAGUCAACCACGGAUGAAGAGUUGAUGAUAAAUUUUGGAGAAUAUGGUACCAUUACUAGUGCUUUAAUAAUGAGAGAUGCUGAUGGUAAAUCAAGGUGUUUUGGCUUUGUCAAUUUUGAAAACCCAGACGAUGCUGCCAAAGCUGUUGAGGGACUUAAUGGGAAGAAAUUUGAUGAUAAGGAAUGGUAUGUUGGAAAAGCCCAGAAAAAAUCUGAGCGUGAACAAGAACUGAAAGGACGAUUUGAGCAGAGCAUAAAGGAAGCUGCUGACAAAUAUCCAGGUUUGAACUUGUAUCUCAAGAACUUGGAUGAUACAAUCAGUGAUGAAAAACUUAAGGAAAUGUUCGCCGAGUAUGGUACAAUAACUUCUUGCAAGGUUAUGCGAGACCCCACUGGAAUCAGCAGAGGAUCAGGAUUUGUUGCAUUUUCAACUCCUGAGGAAGCAACUCGAGCUCUUGGUGAGAUGAAUGGUAAAAUGUUUGCUGGAAAACCUCUGUAUGUUGCCCUUGCACAGAGAAAAGAAGAGAGAAGAGCAAGGUUACAGGCACAAUUUUCACAGAUGAGGCCUGUUGCAAUAACGCCUUCUGUUGCGCCCCGUAUGCCUCUCUACCCUCCUGGUGCUCCUGGUCUUGGACAACAAUUUUUGUAUGGGCAAGGACCCCCAGCCAUGAUGCCUCCACAAGCUGGAUUUGGUUACCAGCAGCAACUAGUUCCGGGAAUGAGACCUGGUGGUGGUCCCAUGCCAAGCUUCUUUGUUCCCAUGGUUCAGCAGGGCCAACAAGGGCAGCGCCCAGUGGGCCGCCGAGGAACAGGUCCUGUGCAACAACCCCAGCAGCCAAUGCCAAUGAUGCAGCAGCAGAUGCUUCCAAGGGGACGUGUCUAUCGUUACCCUCCUGGCCGCAACAUGCAAGAUGUCCCACUUCAAGUUGCAGCUGGUGGAAUGCUGUCAGUCCCUUAUGACAUGGGAGGUCUGCCAAUGCGCGAUGCUGUGGGACAGCCAAUGCCCAUUCAAGCUUUGGCUACAGCCCUCGCAAAUGCUCCACCAGAACAGCAGAGGACUAUGCUCGGUGAAGCUUUAUACCCACUUGUGGAUCAGCUGGAACAUGAUUCUGCUGCAAAGGUUACAGGCAUGCUUCUGGAGAUGGACCAGCCUGAAGUUUUACAUCUGAUUGAGUCACCAGAUGCUCUGAAGGCAAAAGUUGCUGAAGCCAUGGAUGUGUUGAGAAAUGUUGCUCAACAGCAAACCAACCCAGCUGAUCAACUAGCCUCACUCUCUCUCAAUGACAAUCUUGUGUCUUAGAUUCCGUUAGUCAUUUGACAAGAAUCUGUACACCAGUUAUUUCUAUCCCGUACGCUACCCACCAGUUUAUUUCCAGUUGUCUUAGAUGUUUUGUUUUAGUCAGAGUACUAAGGAAGUUUAUGUUCUUGGUUGUUUUGGUUUCACCUUUUUUGUAUCUGGAUUGCUGUAGGAUUAGCAUAACCUGUUGGAUUUAUUAGAUAUGCAUUUGUGGUUUGGAUUAUUUUCCUCCAUUGUUCUAUUAUAUUGUUCGUGUGAACUUCUUUAA